AUGUCAGAGGAACAACCUAUAUCAAUUGAACUCGUGAUGGCCAAAUUGGAAGACGGAGGGAAGACCCUGCGAUUAAACAUUUUAGUGAGGCAUUAUCGAAAUCAAUUAAUGCAUAAAGGAUCAUAUGAAAUUGGUUCAGACCUUGGAGUUACAUCACAAUUUACUGAAAAGAAUUCUGCCAUUCUGGAGAAUUUGGGGGUUUCCAAUAAUUAAUUAGAAGGAGUGCACAGAAUUCAAUUACAAAAAUUAUUAAAAUUAGAUUUAUCUUUUAAUAGGAUAACAGGUCUAAUAUUGGGAAGCCGAUAAAUUUAGCAUUUGAAUUUGGAAAACAACAAAUUACUUAAAGUAGCGUAUUAUUUGUAAUUGUAGAUUGAUUUCCUAAAUAAUCUAAAGGAUUUAAAGUAUUUGAAUUUAGGAGGAAACCAUAUAGAGAAAAUAGACUUUUUGGUAUUCAAUGUUUAAUUGGAGGAAUUGAAUAUUAGAAGAAAUACAAUAUCAACUUUAAAAGGUUCAUUCAGUAAUACAAAGAAAUUGAAGAUUCUUGAUGCUAGCAACAAUCUAAUUAGUGAUACUCAAUUUAUUGAUACUAUAACUGAGUUGGAGGAAUUGAAUCUAUCUAACAAUUAGAUAAGUGUUUUGAAAAUAGAAAAUUAGAAUGAAAAUCUUAAUAUUCUAGAUUUAAGCUAUAAUCAAAUUGAGGAUUUAAGAGUGUUAGAAUUCAAAUUCCCAUAUUUGACAAAUCUAUAUGUGUAAUCAAAUUAGAUUUAUGCAGAAAACUGGUUUGACUUUUUAAAAUUGAUGUCAAAUUUGAUUGAUAUCUAGUUUCAAGCAAAUCCAUUUUGCAGUCGGGAUUACGAGGAUAAAUUUAUAGUUGACUGUCCUUGGUUAGAACUGAUCAACGGUAGAGAAGUAGGCAAACCUGGAUAAUAUAUAAAGUAAGAAGUCUUGGCUUUGAAGGAGAAAUUGUAGGAAUUGGAUAUCGAUGUGAACAAUUAUCAUAUGUCUGAUUUGGAUAGUGAAGAGGGCAUUGUAACUGAGGAGAGACUUAAAGCCAUUCUCAGAGUUUAGGGAUUCCAAGACGAGGAGGAUGAGAUAGCGAGCAAAAUAAAUUAGGAAGACUAGAAGGAUGAAAAUAUUAUGGCUGAAAACGAAUUCAUCAAAUUCGUCACAGAAUAGAAUGAACAAAUGGAUAAUAUCAGAGCUUAGUACUUGAGAAGGCUUUUGAAAACUUAAUAAUCAGAGUGUUCUACUGAAAGAGGUCAUUAAGAGGAGCAGUCUCUCCAAGAUUCUUAAAUAAAGCAAUAGAUUGUUGAGGAUUCGAAUGAGUAGGCAGUUGUGAAUCAGGGUAAAACUAUUGAUAAGAUCAUUACCUAAACCACAAAAGAAGCAGUCUAUUCUUUCUGA